CAAAACAAAACAUGAAAGAGUCCUCUUGGAGUAGGGCUUUGAUCUCUCAUUGACACUCUUCUCCUUCUCCACAUAAAGAGGGCAGCAGACCUUGCAUCUCUGCCCCCAUUUAUCCUUUGAUUAGUUUCUCCCUAUCUAUCUCCUUUUCCCUUCAAUCAAAGCUUAAGAAGGUGUGAGUAUAUGAUGGGAGAGAGGAUCCCACCAGGGAGUUUCUUUCAGUACCCGCCUUCUGGAGUCCCUGUGUCUCCUCACAGGCCUUCUUCUCUUCCUACAGAUCGUGAAAGAUAUUUAGCUGAAUUAUUGGCAGAGAAACAGAAGUUGGGACCUUUUACGCAAGUUUUGCCUCUAUGCACCAGGCUUCUUAAUCAAGAGAUCAGAAGAGUCUCGGGUCUUCAUCCUAGUUUUGUGGAUAAUGAGAGAUUUGAGCAUGAUAGUCCUUUUAGGUCAUUGGGUCAACAUCCCAAUGGGAGACAGAUGGAUUUGGAGGGAUGGCCUGUAAUGCAAACAGAGGAAAAUGGGCAUCUACAACGAGUUGCUCCAAUUCAAGCUGCAUCAAUGGGUUGGCCUGGUUUGCCAGGAGUCCCUACAACACCAAUUGUAAAGAGAGUUGUUAGACUUGAUGUACCUGCGGAUAAAUAUCCAAAUUAUAAUUUUGUUGGCCGAAUUUUGGGUCCACGAGGAAACUCUCUUAAGAGAGUUGAAGCCGUGACAGAGUGUAGGGUGUAUAUAAGAGGCAAGGGUUCUGUCAAGGAUUCUGUAAAGGAAGAGAAACUGAAAGAUAAACCUGGAUAUGAACACCUUAAUGAGCCACUGCAUGUGUUGGUGGAGGCUGAAUUUCCCGAGGAUGUGAUAAAGUCUCGUUUGGACUACGCUGUUGCAAUACUAGAAAACCUUCUGAAGCCUGUGGAUGAAUCCUUGGAUAACUAUAAGAAACAACAGCUUAGAGAGUUGGCUUUGCUAAAUGGUACAUUAAGAGAAGAGAGCCCAAGUAUGAGCCCGAGUAUGAGCCCGAGUAUGUCGCCCUUUAACAGUACAGGAAUGAAACGGGCCAAGACUGGAAGAUGACCUUGUAAAUUGAUGAUAAAUCUUUGUUUCUGGCUCAGUGCAUCUGAUUAAUUGAAAUCCUGAUGGCUCUGUGAUGGAUUUACUUCACCAUAACUUGGGAGGUUGAGUCACGAAGAGCUAGUCAAACUCCUGUCAUUUUUGGGCAAUGUUGGUUUUGCAUCUUGGUUACCUUCUUCAUUGAUCCCCGUUGGUUCAUGUAUCAUUCCCCAUAAACUUGACUUCUCUACUUCAUUAGUUAAGAAUAACCUAUUCCCUACUCAUGUUGGCCACGUUCUGUCCGCAUCUGGGUCUCGUAACCUCUAAUGUACUUGAAGAUUCUUUGUACUGACAAUCUUACAAUAUUUCCAUAUGCAUGUUUUACGUAUGCUUGCCCUUGAUUAUAAGAUACAAUUGUUCA